UCUUCAAUAGUCCUGCUUCUACCCCUCUCUAGGGUUUCCUUUGCUUUCAGUUUUUGCUUCUUAAUAUUUUAUUCUGAAAAAGCAAAAAAGAAAAUUUUCCUUUUUUAUUUUUAUUUUUUGGUUUUCCUUACCGAUCUUGUCCUCUGUCUUUCUUUCCGUAUGCAGCUUGUAGGUUGUACAACUGAGAUCAGCUUCGACGUCUGAAAAUAAGAAAAGGAUUUUGUUUUUAAGUUGAUGUUGCAGCUUCAGUAGACAAUUACUAAUUGGAGAAUUGUUAUUCUAGAUCAAGGAGCAAGCUAAAAGGUAAAAAAGUCAGUUUAAGAGAUGGGUUAUUUAUGUGACUUUUGUGGAGAGCAAAGGUCCUUGGUAUACUGCCGCUCAGAUGCUGCAUCCUUAUGUUUGUCGUGCGAUCGGAAUGUUCAUUCUGCUAAUGCCCUUUCUAAGCGCCAUUCCAGAACCCUUGUAUGUGAGAGAUGUAACUCACAACCUGCUUUUAUAAGAUGUGCUGAGGAGAAAAUUUCACUCUGUCAGAACUGUGACUGGCUCGGUCAUGGUACCACUGCGUCUACUUCGGGGCAUAAGAGGCAAACAAUCAAUUUAUAUUCUGGCUGCCCUUCAGCUGCAGAAUUUUCUUCAAUAUGGUCCUUUUUCUCAGAUAUACCUGCUAUGGGUGAAACAUGUGAGCAGGAACUUGGUUUAAUGAGCAUUAGUGAGAACAGUGAAAAGAGUGCUUGGGUUCCUCCAGAAAACCAGAAUGCUUCUAGUUCUGCUCAAGCGACCAAUCUACCCGGCAAGGAUAAAUCUUGGGUUGGCACAUCUACAAUGCCUGAGUCAAGCUCAGAACCUCGUAUCAUGGACCAGCCACCUGGACCUUCCAAUGCAUGCGUGCCUAAGUUAUAUUGUCCUGUGAAAACAACUCCUGCACUCUGUGAAGAUGAUGAUAAUCUAUAUGACGAUUUCAACAUGGAUGAAGUGGAUCUGGAUCUUGAGAACUAUGAGGAACUUUUUGGUGUGGCUCUCAGUCAUUCUGAAGAGCUUUUUGAAAAUGGUGGAAUUGAUAGCUUAUUUGGGACAAAGGAAAUGUCUGCCAGUGCUGGGGACUCCAAUUGUCAGGGCGCGGUUGCUGCUGAGGGCUCAACUGGAUUAAUCAAUGCAACACAACCAGCAUGCAGCAAUGCUGCAUCUGCAGAUUCAAUGAUGAGCACUAAAACUGAACCAAUUAUUUGUUUUACUGGAAGGCAAUCCCAAUCGAACAUUUCUUUUUCUGGUGCAACUAAAGAUGGUGGUGGUGGUGGUGGUGGUGACUAUCAAGACUGUGGGGCUUCUUCAAUGCUUCUCAUGGGAGAACCUCCCUGGUGUCCUCCUUGCCCUGAGAGCUCUAUGCAAUCUGCUAACCGCAGCACCGCUGUCAUGCGUUAUAAGGAAAAGAAAAAGACACGAAAGUUUGAAAAGCGAGUAAGGUAUGCCUCUCGUAAGGCUAGGGCUGAUGUCAGAAGGCGCGUGAAGGGCCGGUUUGUCAAAGCCGGUGAUAUUUAUGACUAUGACCCGAUGAGCCAAACCAGAAGUUACUGAGUGGCCCUAAAUUUUCUUCAAGGGGGAAGAAGGUUGUAACAAUGCCAUGUCACCAGGAUCUUAGUUCUGGAGCAGAUUGUGUCCUUUUACCUUGAAGGAUAGAUAUUUCGCUGCGAUAUCAGCCAAAAAUGACACAAUAUCAAUCACAAUGUGCCCUGCCUCCUCCUUCUGGCAAAUGGGUUUUGAAUUUUGAUUGCCUCUGUUGGCACAUGCUGCCUCUUUAUUCUUGUGCUCUUAAGAAUGCAGAAUUCUUUAGUCUUCUGACCCUUGAUUAUA